UUUUCUCUCUAUAAAGAGAAGAUGCAGCUCAGGCGCCUGUGAGAUGAUCGCGAGGAUUUACUGCGUGCGCCUCUCCGCCUCUAACUUCACACACUCGGCUGUUUCGACUCCUUGUCGUCUGGACUGCUAGCACAGGCUACCGAAAACUGAGUGGAGUGUGGGGUGUUUGAAUGACGCUGGAUUUCCCACUUUACUCUGUCAGAGUUGCCCGAGAAGCGGAUGCGAGCAUCUUUGUCUCCUGAGCUCCACUUUCGACUUUGUGCGUCGUCGCUUUUCGACGCAGUUUGUGGUGCAGGUGCGUGAAGAAGGAGCGCGAGGACAGAUGGCUGCGCUGGCGAUUCAAAGGACUGACAACUUUUUGCACACCUUUUUACAGGUAGGUCAUUUUUUCCCUAUUUUUUCUUUUUUUUUUUCUUGCUAAAUAAUGCAAUACACCUGGCAUCAUAACUGCUUUUCUACUAAUAGAAGCCAUUAAGAAAUAAAAACACUGAAGGUGUUUGAGCCCUUUGGAACAAUUUAACUUUUUAUAGAGGUAAAUUGAUUUUCAAAGAUUAAAACCACUUAAAACAAGCAAGUCAGACAAAGUUUGAAGAUUAACAUUGCUUAAAAUUUUGUAAGAGAAAACAAAUUGUUAGCAAUGUGAUACUUAACGCCGUUUUAUUGAUGGUGUUAUAUUUUAUUUAUAAGGCACUAAUUUAGCUUUGAGCUAACGCCUGAACAAUGUGUCAAAUAACAGCUUCAAUUUUGAGUAUAAAACAAAUUCUAUAAAGAAAAGUUGCGUUUUAUUAAAUUUAAACUAAGAGAAAACGCUUUCUUGUUUUUGUUUUUCUACCAAAGUGUCCCUGUAUUUACGCAUGUUACUGCAUUUUUACCCAGGACCGGACGCCCAGCUCCUCUCCAGAGGGUGCGCCUAACGCUCUAUCCUUCCUGGCCACCACCUGUAGCCAGGCCUGGCAGGUUGGAGGCGCCAUGGGCUCAGAAGGCUCCCAGUUCCCAUAUGAGGGUACUGUCAGCUCCACAUCAGGAAUGUUCCAGCUUUGGAGCAAUGAUAUGGCACCCAGCACGGCCCUCAGCACCCACCAGAUGACCUUCACUGUGCCUAAGGUGCAGUUCCCUGGCCACAUGCAGUCCAGCCUCGGUCACCACCACCAUCAUCAUCAUCCCCAUCACCACCACCACCAUGAGCUGCCCCUCACUCCCCCAGCCGAGCCUCCCUCUUCAUACUCCUUCGAACUCUCCCCUGUCAAAGUUCUGUCCUCGCAGACGCAGGCAAAUUCUGCUUAUUAUCCUCAGCACAACAGUGUGGGACAAAACUUCCCCACUUUCCUCCAGAACUCCUCUACCAGGCAUCAUCUAUCUGGAGGCCAUGUGGAGGAGCCACAGCAGUGGUGGAGCCUUCCCCAAACCAACACUACCCCUUCCAACCACCCCUUCUCUAUAGGCAGGCAGCUGGUUCUGGGGCACCAACCGCAAAUAGCUGCUCUUCUCCAAGGCACCUCCAAGGGCCUGCUGAGCUCCACCCGCCGCUGUCGCCGCUGCAAGUGCCCAAACUGCCAAGCCAACGGCGGGGGGGUGGAAUUUGGAAAGAAGAGACUACACAUCUGCCACAUCCCAGAGUGUGGCAAAGUGUACAAGAAGACCUCUCACCUGAAGGCCCAUCUACGGUGGCACGCAGGGGAGAGGCCUUUCAUCUGUAACUGGCUCUUCUGUGGUAAGAGUUUUACCCGCUCAGAUGAGCUGCAGCGGCACCUCCGCACUCACACAGGGGAGAAGCGCUUUGGGUGCCAGCAGUGUGGAAAGAGGUUCAUGAGGAGUGACCACCUCUCCAAACAUGUCAAGACCCACCAGAGCCGGAAGAGCCGGUCAGGGCCACCGUCACAGAGCACGGACCCUCUGCUCGCAAAUAUCAAGAGAGAGUGACCACUGUGGUGCUUCAUUCAUAAAAUGUAAUCAUCAAUGAACAGACUGUGUGACUCACACUUACUGCCAUAGGUUUGCACUAAAGGGUAAGGAUCAAGCUCCCUGACCAUACCCUGCUUCACGAUUUCCCUCUUCAAGUAGAAGCAUAAAAAAAUAUUUAGAAAUGAAUUUUAACUCAAGUUAUUGCGUGCUGUCUGAGGCAGGGCACCUUAAAAAGGAAUCAUAAAGACAUUUAAGGAAUAUUGUGAGAGUUGACUGACUUUGGUGUGCUUUUCAACUUAAUACUUAAACAGAUUUAACCUAAAAAUCAAAGUGAUUCAUCUCACAAAGAAGAUGUGUUUUAAUUUCAAAUGAUGUGAAAUUUUUCAACAUUUUAGGGCUCAUGUUGUAAAUAAAUUAAUCAAUGUGUAUUAUGUUGCAGACAUAAGCAAAACCUUAAAAGAUUUACCUGACACUGCUUUUAACACUCUCAUUAUGUCCUAACAAGUGUAUGCCUUACCACAGUUGACGGUUGCUCUAUAGAAACAAUUAUUUGCUCAGAAAGUAAUCAGAAACUAAUUUUCUGACUUCAAGGUGGCGAUCAAUUUUGAGAUAUGAGUCUCUGAUCUGCAGAUUUAUUUCAUCUGCUCUAAAGCAGCAAAAUGAAACACCAUUCAAGCUCCAGAUAAUCAAACAUGUUACGUUUGUACCUUCUUUGUAAAUUAUGUAUAAAUCUCACGAACAGUUUUAUUGGGGUUAUGACCGCAUGUCAAUUUUAAUAAAUAUUGUCUUUGCCGGAACAAUCUCACUGUUUCUGUAAAUGUUGUUUUCUUUCUUUUUUUUUCACACACACUUGUGAAGUAGAUAUGCAUGGAAGUCAAUUGUUUUAAACACCUUGAAGAAGUGUGUGAAUCCUUGCCACCCUCAGGGCUCCUAAAAGAUCUAACAUUUUAUUUAAAUGAUAAUCUGACUUCAUUCAGAAUACAAAAGCCCGUCAUUGUGCCGCAGGUGUGAAGGAAGAAGCCCCUAAAGAAGCCCUAACAUGGUGGGCUGUUCAAUGAUUUUCACACCUCAAAGUAAAUACUCAAUCCAUUGAUGGGGCUGUUUGUCUCGCCUGCUGCAAUCAAGUUCACAGUCAUGUGGCUUUAAUGAGUGUUUUCUUUCUCUCAAUGGAGAAGAUUGAGUCAACAGAUGCAACAGAGGGCACUGGAGAGGAAUUCCCUAUGAAUGGGACCCCUGUUGUCGAGACCCCCUCAGUGGUGACAGGAACUCCCUUUGAUUUUGCACCCUUGUGAAAGUUAAUACCCCUCUACCCCCCUCCUCCGACCCGACCCC